AUGACCACGACGAAGUUGGCUAAUAUUGGCAUAAAAUAUCUUAGUGAUCUACAGUUAGAUGAUCUUUAUCAAUUACAAGAUGAAUUAAAUAUCUUAUGGAAAAAUGGUCAAUCGACAAUUUCAAAUAGUUUAUAUGAUAAAAUAGCCGAUGGUAUUAACUAUGAAAUAACACAAUUAGCAGCCGAUCCAUAUAAUUAUGCUGUGAAAAGAAAUGAUAAUGAAUUGCAAAAACUUCUUGCGCGCUUGACUGGAUUGCAUUCACAAAAGAAAUCUCCCGUUGCAAAUUCUGUCUGGGAUAUUCUUUCUCAUGAAUUGGCGAUGCGAAAUUUCGUCACCAUUCAUCCUCCAUUAACAUAUCCUUCGAAUUGGACAAGAAUGUCAUUAAGUGAAAAUCCCGUUGAAUUUAUAACAUUAUCUCAAUCAUCACAAGAAUUUCAAGAUUUAUCAAGUGUUUUUUCAAAAUCUCUUGGAAAAUCAUCUGUUGCUAUCUAUUCAAUAAUUCGAAUACAAAAUCUUCGACUUUGGUCUAUUUUUCAAGAAUUACAAAAAACAAUUCCGAACAAUAUUCUACGUCUUUUUCAUGGCACAGCAUCGCCAGAACAGCAAAAACUAAUAAUGUAUCAUGGUUUUUUUCAUAGUUUUUGUCCGGGUGGUCUUAUUGGCGAUGGAGUUUAUUUUGCAGUCAAUUCACAAUAUUCUAAUGAUGAUCCAUAUGUACUAAAACGAACCAAUCAUCGUAGAGAAUUAUUCAUCUGUCAAGUUUUAUUGGGAAAUUCCAGCCAAGGUGCAGGAGGUCUUAAAUCACCGGCACCAGGAUGUCACUCAGUAUUUCAUGAUAGUGGUAGUCAAAACGAUAUGUUCUGUAUUUUUAAUAGUUAUCAAUCAUAUCCAGAAUAUAUUGUACAAUAUGAUUAUGAAUGA